AUGCCGCCGCGCCGCCGCGGAUCCUCGGGCUUCCGCGACGUCCGAGCGCGUCCGAACGGGACGUUCUACGCGGAGAUUCACGCCGGCGACUUCCGCGUCACACUCGGCACCUUCGAUACGCCGGAGCUGGCGGCGCGCGCCUACGACGCGGCCGCGUGGCAAUUCCGGCGGCCACGGCGCGACCUCAACUUCCAGGACAUCGAGUCGCUGGAGGAGGCAGAGUUCCUAGCGCCCGCGCCGUGCCUCGUCAGUGAGGAGGACCGUCGCCGCCACCGCCAGGCGCAGCGCCGCAUCGCCAUCACCGAGCACGACGAGGAGCUCAUGCGCCAGUGGAGGGAGCAAAUCCCCAGCGACGUCAACAACACAGCGGCCUUCUUCGCUGACCGUGGGGCACAGCGUAGGUCCGCCAGGCGUCGCCGCCGCGCCAUCGCCUAG